AGAAUAUUGUCAUACUUAGAUGUUGUUUCCUUGUGUCGGUGUGCCCAAGUAAGUAAAGCAUGGAAUGUAUUAGCCCUGGAUGGCUCGAAUUGGCAAAGAAUAGAUCUAUUCGACUUUCAGCGGGACGUAGAGGGACCAGUCAUAGAAAAUAUAUCGCGGAGAUGCGGCGGCUUCCUACGCGUGCUAUCAUUGCGCGGUUGUCAAAGCAUAGGUAACUUGUCGAUGAAAACCUUAGCCCAGUCCUGUCCAAAUAUCGAAGAGCUAAAUUUGAGCCAGUGCAAAAAAAUUUCGGAUGCGACUUGUGCAGCGCUAAGCGAACAAUGUCCUAAGCUCCAGCGUUUAAAUUUAGAUUCGUGUCCAGAAAUAACGGACGCGUCUCUGAAGAGCCUGUCGAAUGGUUGCACCUUGCUCACUCAUAUUAAUCUUUCGUGGUGCGAGCUCCUUACUGACAAAGGCGUCGAGGCUUUGGCCCGAGGUUGCCCGGAAUUGCGCAGUUUUCUCAGCAAAGGAUGCCGACAACUUACUGAUCGAGCUGUCAAAUGCCUUGCGCGCUUUUGCCCGAAACUUGAAACGAUAAACCUUCACGAGUGCAGAAGCCUGUCGCAUUGCGAGUUGAUAACCGACGAAGGGAUAAGGCAACUGGCCCUUUCACCGUGUGCCGCUGAACAUCUAGCCGUGCUGGAAUUGGACAACUGCCCUCUGAUAACCGACGCCAGUCUCGAUCACCUGUUACAAGCUUGCCACAAUCUCGAGCGCAUCGAGCUCUAUGACUGCCAAUUGAUCACCAGAGCUGGUAUACGUAGACUUCGGAAUCACCUGCCAAACAUAAAGGUUCACGCUUAUUUCGCACCAGUAUCACCACCACCCAGCGCAGGAGCCUCCCGACAACGAUACUGUCGGUGUUGCGUUAUUCUGUGAUUUCGUACGAUGUUAGACUUCUGGUACUACGUUUUACGUCUAACGAGCACUAAUGUUUGGUGUUUGUUAGCAUACAUAAUAGUAUCCGCAGCGGCAAGUGGACUCUUCUGCGUGUACUGUCCAUUUACCUAUUUUUACGGGGAAAAUGAAAAUUAAAUUUCGUGAGGUAAACCAGUCUGAUACACCUUGGAAGAAUCGCAGUAACAAGAACAAAAAAAAAAAAAAAAGGGUCUCACGUUUUUCUCUCACUUGCUAACCAGCAAAGUAACGGGUUAUCUCGUUGAGCUCUGAUGUGCAGUCGUUGCUGUGUAUUGCGAACGUUUGAGCGAUCACAUGUUUAAAAGUGCAGUCGUAUUUUGAAGAGUUAAAUUCAUGACAUUUGCAUUUUAUUUCGUUUUUUUUUUUUUUUUUUUAAUUCUUUUUUAUACGUUUUUCGUUUUUAUUCGAUCAUCAUUGGAAGGAGAAAACAAAAACAAAAAAAAACCAUACAAGUGUCAUAUGUCGCACAAAAUUCAACGAGAAAAUUACUUUUUUACACCAACGUCUGUUGAAAAAUUAUUAUGCUUUUGAAGACGUUGUCCACAACAAGACAAAUUAAAAGCAAUGCAUUUUGAUUUAGGCAUGUGAACAUAAAACUAUUUUAAUUUAGGUAGAUUAAAGUAUGGUUCGUAUUUUUGUAUGAUAAAUUAUUCGUUUAUUUACUAAAUAUAAUAUGAUAAAGAUCAGUAAACAUCGUCAAACAGUAAUCAAGUGUCGAUAGAUUUUGAGGGUUUAUUUGUGCUGAUGCGUUGAAUUCGGCUAGAAAAUGAAUCUAAAUUCAUACUAGAUAUGAUUUUUGAGAUUGAAAA